CUGUUGUUAGAGGUGGGAAGCGGUAACACACCUGCGCGCGCGCUCUGUCUCCCUCGACGCUGCUGGAGUGAACAUGGGCUCCUCUCAGUCUCAACUGCAGGAACAUGAAGUCCAGGAUCUCUCCGAGAAAACCGGCUUUUCUCCAGAGCAGAUCAGAAACCUGCACAAGCGAUUUAAGAACCUGACCAAGAACAGGGACACGUUAAGCCGAAAUGACCUUGAGAACAUCCCAGAUUUGACCUUCAAUCCCAUUCGAAGCCAAAUCAUUAACGCCUUCUUUGAUAAAAGGAACUUCAGCCGGGAGGAGGUGGGCGCUGUGGAGGAGAUUGUCUUCGAGGAGUUCCUCACGGUCAUGUCACACUUCAGGCCGCUAAAACAGAACUUGACGCAGGAGGACAAAGAGAGGAUUAGAAAAGAGAAACUCCGCUUUCUCUUCAACAUGCAUGACAAAGACAGUGAUGGCAUGAUCACUCUAGACGAAUACAGAAAGCUGGUAGAAGAACUGCUGUCCACCACACCAACUAUUGAAGCAGAAACAAGCAAGGCAAUAGCAGACGCUGCUAUGCUGGAGGUCGCCAGUGUCACGAUGGGUCAAAUGGCUCCAGACGAGGUGUACGAGGGAAUCAGGUUUGAGCAUUUCCUUCAGAUUUUGAAUGGCGUUGAGAUCGCGUCGAGGAUGUACAUCCGCUUUCUCUACGUAGACACCACGACGAUGGGCUGCAGUAACUGAGGCGUGUCCAUCCGCCCGGCACGGGUCCCUGCACCGCUCUGAAUCUUCUACGUCCUCUUAACGCAGUCAAACAGGAAGAACGGCAUUUUUAUACAAACAUAUCUUUGAUCUGAUGUACGUGUGACAUCCGCACAGGCGUUUAGUGCUGGAAUGGAGCAUGACUGAAAGGUGGAUUGUUUACUAAUCCUUUGGCCUGGUCUAUAUUUGGGUGUCUUUGAGUAGAGGGUAAAUUCUGUACCCAGUUAGCACUUGUAUUUAUAUUACACACACACACACACACACACACACACACACACAUAUAUAUAUAUACACACAGUACAGACCAAAGGUUUGGACACACCUUCUCAUUCAAAGAGUUUUCUUUAUUUU